AUGAAUGCGGACUGGCGGCGCUCCGCGGCCAAAUUCUACGGCGGUGCACAGACGCCGCUUUCACCGAAAGACGAAUGCUCUCAAAAAGUAAUCAUCGCGACAGCUUUCUUCGGUGUCUUCUCUAUUUCAAAGUGCUCGACAUCAGCCAUGGCAUACUUCCGCAUCACACUGAUACGCUCAGCCAUCGGUCUACCAGCGAAAUCGUCGAAUGUUCUCAAAGCGCUUGGACUGCGGAAGCGUAUGGCGACAGUCUUCCAUCCCGUAUCUCCCGAUGUCGCGGGUCAACUCAUGAAGGUCAAAGAGUUGAUCGCCGUGAAAGAGGUGGACCAGCCUAUGACAAAGGCCGAAGUACAUAUGGAGCGCAAGCCGGAUCCAGGCUUCUACGUCGAGUCAAGAGCUGCAGACAGAUUGAAGGCAGCCAACGAGACCUGA